AUGGCAUCAAUCGCAAGGAGUUUAAGGCCAUGCGCCUCAAAAAUCACAUCCAGCACAUUUAAGACGGUUCCAUCAUGGAGAUCCUCAUCUUUUGGAGCUCUUCGAGCUUUCUCAGUGUCUAGAGCUGCUUUCAACAAGAAGUAUACCAAAGACCACGAAUGGAUUCUCCUCUCGUCCGAUAACAAGACUGGCACAAUCGGUAUCAGUGAUUAUGCCGCACAUGCUCUCGGUGACGUCGUUUAUGUUGAGCUCCCCACCGCCCCAUUGGAGGUCGGCGCUGGUGAUACCAUUGGUGCCGUAGAAUCUGUCAAGAGCGCAUCUGAUAUCAACAGUCCCAUCACCUGCAAGAUUGUGCAGGCUAACCAGAUGUUGGAGGAAGCACCAAGCACUAUCAAUAAGGGUCCCGAAGAUGAAACAAGUGCCGGAGGCUGGGUUGCUAAGGUUGAAGUUGGGGAACAGGGAGUCAAGGAUUUGGAAGGGUUAAUGGACGAGAGUGCUUACAAGGCAUUUAUUGAGGAAUAA